GGGAGGUUCAAGGGACCAAUUGAUCACUAUCGAAAUGAGCGUUGGAGAUUUUAUGGCAUGGUGGGCUUUCUAAAGGCUUCAGUCAGACAAUGCAACGCUGAUCGUUACCAGCAGAGUGCAAUACAGGGAAUCCUCUGAGGGCUUUGUGCGCAGUAACCAUCUGUGAGGUACACAGAUGCUUUUAGGGACUGACAAAACCAACACUACUGAUACCUCUGUACUGACGAUUCUGUGUUGUCUGGGACUUUCAGUGCAUGUUCGGAAAACUAUGACUGCGCAUACCGUUUUAUUUUCGUGUACGCUUUGACCGUUAUUCUUAUUUAUAAUGAAAUGCAUUGGCUCUACAAAUUUUUCCCGAAUGUGCAUGAGGGAAAGCUAUACAACACUUAACUAGCUAGCUAGCUAGCCAGCUUGCUAACAAGUCGGAGGUGGAGAUUUUAAAGGCCGCCCGUCCUGUGCUGUCUGGACCCGUUCACUGGUUUUCCCUACCAGGGAAUUUGAUUGAUCCACAAUCAAAACAGUAGUCAGAUAUUUAGGAAGCUGCCUGCCUGCCUGUCUGUCUGUCUAGCUAGAUUACUUCUUAAAUGGAUAUCACAGAUCCGUAAGAUUUGUAACUAUUUUUCCCUCCAUUGUGUAUUUUCACUUAUGAAGAAUGAAGAUAAGGAUUUGGGGAUCCGCCCCCAGGCUGUGAGCGAGUAAGACCUCCAACUGUCAUGGCUUCCCUCAACCACCCCUGGGUGGGGGAGAGAAUGAGUCCCGUUGUUCAGGCCAGGCUGCUGCUGUUGAUGGCAGUUGUGGCCCCUGGUUGUUGGGCAGGGGACUGUAAAGGCCAAAGGCAGGUUCUCAGAGGACCCCCGGGAUACGUCACUGAUGGCCCGGGAAACUAUUCUGUUAAUGGGAACUGUGAGUGGCUCAUCACAGCUCCCACCAGCAAUUAUCGCAUUGUGCUUAACUUCACGUUCAUGGAGACAGAGUGCACCUACGAUUACCUGUUCGUCUAUGAUGGAGAAUCCUAUCAGAGCCCCCUGCUAGCUAGUCUUAGCGGCACUACACUGCCCCAGCCAAUAGAGGCCAAGUCAGGCAAGAUGCUGCUCCACCUCUUCAGUGACGCCAACUACAACCUGCUUGGUUUCAACGCCACCUACACCUUCUCGCUGUGCCCUGGCGACUGCGGGGGUCACGGGCGCUGUGACUCCGCCUCUUCCCGCUGCCAGUGCCUGCAAGGCUGGGGAGGCCCAGACUGUACCACCCGCCUCUGUUCCACCCUCUGCUCCCAGCAUGGCCACUGUGAUAUGAGGGGAGAGCACUGCCUCUGCAAUGCAGGCUUUGUAGGGCAUACUUGUCAGCUGGGUGUCCAUGACAGUGAGGGUGUGGGUCAGUGGUGGGAGUUAAGUAGGGGGGAAGAGAAGGCCUCCCCUCGCACGGCCUCCGCUGGACUCUACCUCUCCUCCACCGGGGCCUUCUACAUGUUCGGAGGUUUUGACUUGAACACAGCGCUGGGUGACCUAGUGAUGUACAACUUUUCAACCAAUCAGUGGGAGAACUUGCUACAUUCUACUGCUCCUGCGGCGAGACAUUCUCACACAGCUGUUGAAUGGCAGGGUAACAUGGUCAUCUAUGGUGGCGAGCUUGCUAACCACUCAUUGGCUAGUGAUGUCUGGCUAUACCGCCCACAGCAAAAUGAUUGGCAACAGCUUGGCCAAUCAAAUGCUGCAAGGGCUCCAAGGCUGGCAAAUCAUGCAGCUUCUAUGGUGGACAACAGUCUUUACGUGUUUGGGGGGCGGACAGUGGAGGACAUGUUCUCAUCCUCCCUGCAUCGCUUCCGGCUGAUGGACGGCGUGUGGGAGACGGUACAGCCUUACGGGGGGAAAGCUCCGGCAACCGCGGGUCACAGCAUGGUGUUCCACGCUCCAUCCCGGACCUUGCUGGUGUACGGGGGACACAGGCCUACCACUGCCAGGUUCAGCGUGCGGGUGAACUCCACUGACAUGUUCCACGUGGACAAGCGUUUUUGGACGUCCCUCCGCUCCCGUUUUCCUGCCACCGGGCCUCGGGAAAGGGCCUUCCAUUCUGCCACAAUUAUCGGCAAUUACAUGGUGGUGUAUGGAGGGAAUGUGCAUAUCCAUUAUGUAGAGGAGAAGUGCUAUGAUGAAGAGAUCUUCUUCUAUCAUCUGGGCUGCCACCAGUGGGUCUCUGCUGGAGAGGCCGCUAAAUACAGAAGUCACCUCGUCAGAGGCCGCUACUCGCACGUCGCCGCGGUGAUGGAUGGCCGUGUUCUGCUUGUUGCUGGUGGUUAUAGUGGCAUUGCCCACGGUGACCUCGUGGCCUAUAAAGUUCCGCUGUUUGUCAGCAGUGACCCUGGAGACAGAGAUGCAGUGUGUGCUGAAGCCCCAGAUGAGAGCCAGUGUCUUAGAAACCCUGAAUGCAGUUGGUGUGAGGGGCGCUGUCGAGAGUACCAGUCAAGCAACCCGUGUGGCAGCACCGGCUGUCUGGGUCUGGCCCGCUUCCUGUCGGACUGCCAGUCGUGCCUGGUGUUUAGUGGGGUGCGCGGCUCCCUCCCCCGUGCCCCCGGCGACUUCGGCUGGUGCGUGCAGAACGACUCCUGUCUGCCGCUCUUAGGUACAAUCAGCACAGCAGGCUGCGCCAGCACCAAGCGUAGUGCGUGCCGCGUGGACCAGAUCUCGGGGGCGUAUGGCUGGUGGGGGGAGCGGACGCGUUUCCUCACCUCCCUCCCCCUCUGUCGCACCGAGAACUAUGUCCCGGGACUGCACCUGCUCACCUACCAGCACCCCCGCAACCACUCGCAGCCCGACAAGGUGUCCAUUUUGAGAAGCACCUCCAUCACACUCAACCCCUCCACCGAGAUGGAUGUUACUCUGCAGUUUCGCGGCUUUAUCCACCCACUGUGGGGAGCCCCGCCCCCCGCAGCCCCUCCCACAGAAACUGUUGCCAUGUGGGCACGAAUCCAGAAGCUUCACUUCACUGCUCAGAUGGCUGCAGGGCCCAACUCCAUGCAGCUGAUGGACAUGCUAGGACGCUGGUCAGCUCAGGAGGAGAAGGAGACCCACCUGUUGUCUCGGCCAGAUGGUUCUCGCCUGUUCCAGAACCUGACACGGGGGAAUCGCUACCUGGUACAGGCCGAGGGCUACCUGAACAGCUCCGCCUCUGGCCAGACCAGCGAGAUGGCCCUCACAUGGAACCGGACGGCCCUGCCUGGAGGAAGUGAGAUCUCCUUCCUGUUCCUGGAGCCGUACCGCUCGGGGUCGUGCGCGGCCUACUGCUCCUGCUCCGCCUGCCUAGCCGACCAGGCCUGCGGCUGGUGCCCCACCUCCAGCGCCUGUGUCCUUCGCUCCAACGUCAGCCACCAGCCCUGCCUGGGGCCGCAGGGCGAGGAGCGCCACCUGCUACUCAGUCCACACCACUGCACGCUGUGUGAGGAGUACAGGGACUGCACCACCUGCUCUCAGGACGCAUACUGCGAAUGGCAGAUCAACUCCAUUAAGAAGGGCGAUUACCUGUGCAGUCGCCGCGGGAGACUGGAAGGUUCUAUCCGGGACCCUGGAGGGUGUCCUAAAGUCUGUAACCAGAGGCUGACGUGUGCAGAGUGCCUGUCCAACUCCAGCCAGUGCGCGUGGUGUGAGUCUGCUCAGGCCUGCUUCUACUUCGCUGCCUACUUGACCAAGUUCCCGUACGGAGAGUGCAGGUAUUGGUAUGACAGUGUGCACUCUGUCCCCCAGUGUAAGCAGUGUUCUGCUUUGGCAACAUGCACUGAAUGCCUGCAGACCUUCCAGUGUGGCUGGUGUGGGGACUACAAUAACCCCACCAUUGGCAGGUGCCUGAAAGGAGACUGGGGGGGAAUGAUCGAUCCGUCUGCCACCAACUGCACCAUGGCUGUCGCGGACGUAAAGGCCACCAGCCCUGAGCCGCAGACCUUGUCUCCGCCGCGCCCGAUGGAGAUGGAGCUGGAGCCGGAGCCCGACCUCCUGGAGACGGAGGAGGAUGGCGUAGAGGCCGUGUGGUCAUACCAGUCCUGCCCGGACGUGGAGGAGUGUCGCCUGGGCCUACACACCUGUCACCCGUCGGCCACCUGCGUGAACACGCCCACCUCCUACGAGUGCCACUGCGAAAGGGGCUUCACCGGCGAUGGAGAACACCACUGCAACCAGACAUGUUAUAAUGAGUGUCGCAUGGGCCGGUGCAGUGGAAGCCCUCUGUUUGAAUGCGAGUGCUCGCUGGGCUGGACGUCGGACCCGGCAACACUGGAGCUGAGCGGCGUCGAGUGCGACGUGGACUGUGGCUGCAACUUCCACAGCACCUGCAUCACGGCACCAGGCAUCUGUGACUACUGCCAGGAUUGGACUACAGGGCCACGGUGCGAGUCGUGUCGCCCGGGCAGCUUCGGCUCGGCACUGGCGGGAGGAGAAGGCUGCGCCCCCUGCCAGUGCAACGGGCACGGCGACCCUCUGCAGGGCUACUGCCACAACCGGACAGGCCAGUGCUACUGUGCCGACAACACCCACGGGCCCCAGUGCCAGUUCUGCCUGCCUGGCUACUACGGAGACCCCAGGAACAAUGGCACGUGUUUCAGGCAGUGUCAGGGUCGCUCUGUCAGCCUCUCAUCCUCCCCUGCCUCCACGCUACCCCUCUCAUCCUCCCUGGGCUGGCACAGGGCGGCAGGGGGCCCAGGGGGGCUCUCGCACUGCCUGUGGGUCCUGUCCGUCUCCGAGGACCUGGCGCCCUGUGGGCCAGGCCAGAUCUGCCCGCCUGUGUCACUGACCCUGCAUCCGGACUCCUACACUUACUGCACAAACUCGUAUGUAUACGUGUUUGACGGACUGCCACAUUUCCUCGAUAAUGGUGUGAUGCACCCGGACCACAACCUGCUGGGAGCCUUUUGUGGCACAACUCGAAAUCAUCCAAUCACAGUUGAAGCCACGUCUGGCGUGAUCUCCGUCUACUUUGAGGCCAACAUGUCCUCGGAUCAGCCGCAGGGUUUUAAUGCCUCGUUCUGGGCGCGGAGUUGCGGUGCGGGGGGCUCAGAGCACGGCGACGCUGGCCCUUCUCGCUGCCAGGGCCGGGCUCAGUGCCAAAACGGGAUCUGCCAGUGUCCCAGCGGCUACGGGGGGCCUCUUUGCGACCGGCCCAUCUGCCCCGGGGAGUGUGGGGUGCAGGAGGGCAGGGGCAUGUGCAACACGACUCUGGGAGUAUGUGUGUGCACAGAGGGCUGGGCUGGGACAGACUGUUCCUCUGAUUCAAAUCCUAACAGCCUGGUGUGGGAAACUCUGAUGGACACACAGCUCACAGUGAAUCCAUCCCAAAGGUUCCUGCACAGGCUGGGCCACUCGCUGGUCCCUGGACCUCACGGCACGCUCUGGAUGUAUGGAGGCCUCUCUCUCUCUGAGGGAAUUAUGGGAAAUGUGUACAGGUACUUUGUGGUUGAGCAUCGCUGGACUCAGAUGCUUACGGGCUCAGUGGAGGAAGGCUCCAUCCCCAUGCCCCGCUAUCACCACGCCUCUGCCGUCGUAUCUGUUCAGGACCAUCUCUCUGGCCCUCAGACAGCCCCUCACCACCUGAUGCUUGUGGUGGGCGGGGUCACACAGAAGGGUGUGGCUAGUGAUGCAUGGAGCCUUAAUCUUAGCAGUCUGGUGUGGAUAGAGUAUAAGAGCUCAGUGCUGCCCCCAGUGGCUGGCCACACUCUAACAGUGCACAGGGGCUCGUCUGUGCUACUGAUCGGAGGCUACUCCCCCAGGAAUGGAUUCAACCACCUCUUACUGGAGUUUAAUCCCAAGUCUGGCAACUGGACUGUUGCUCCACACACUGGCACUCCCCCUACAGGGCUGUAUGGUCACUCUGCAGUCUACCACGAGCAAACGGAUGCCGUGUACGUCUUUGGCGGCUACCGUUUCCACGUAGAAGCCGUGGAAUCUUCUGGAGAACUGUACAGCCUUUACUACCCCAACCUCACCUGGUCCCUACUCGUGCCCUCGCGAGGAAACAAGCCUCUGUCCCGGUUCUUCCAUGCGGCUGCCUUGAUGAAGGACACCAUGGUGAUUGUGGGUGGCCGGACGGGAGCAGAGGAUUACAGCAACAGCGUGUAUCUCUAUCAAAUCAACUGCAACACCUGGAUCCAGCCAGUGUCUUCAGUCGGUGAGCCGGUGAACCACUCCAUCUCCCUGGGCAUGGCGGCCUGGGGUGGGCGCCUGUUCUUGUCUGGUGGCUUUAACGGGGUCACUCUGGGCCGGCUUCUGACCCUCACGCUGCCCACCGACCCCUGUGUCCUGCUCCCCACCGCGGAGGCGUGUAACAGCAGCACAGGCAGCUGUGUAUGGUGUCGGGGCUCCUGUGCCUCUGCGGACACCGCAGAGAGGCUGGGUUGCGCCAUUGGCCCCUCCCCCUGCUCCCCCACCCCCCGCGUCCCUGAACAGUGUCGACGGCUGAAGACCUGCAGUGAGUGCCUGGCCCGCCACCCCAUAACAUUCUCCUCCCCCUCGCAGCCUGCGCUGCAGUGCAAGUGGUGUACCAACUGUCCCGAGGGAGCGUGCAUCAGUAGCUCCGUGAGUUGCACCUCAGAGCACGACUGCAGGAUUAACCAGCGGGAGAUUUUCCUCUCCAGUAACUGCACCGAAACCAGCUGUGAGGCCUCGGACUGCCCCAAGUGUACGGCCUCGGGGAAGUGCAUGUGGACGCGGCAGUUUAAACGCACCGGAGAGACCAGGCGCAUUCUUAGCGUGAACCCGACGUAUGACUGGACGUGUUUUAGCUACGCCCUCCUGAACGUGUCACCCAUGCAGGUGGAGUCUUCUCCGCCCAUGCCCUGCCCCGAGCCCUGCCACCAAAUCCCGACCUGCAGCCAGUGCCUGGAGUCGCGUGGCUCUGAUGGCGGCUGGCAGAAGUGUGUGUGGAGCCUGGCACUGCAGCAGUGUAUGAGUCCAUCCUUUGUCCCUCUGCGCUGCGAGGCCGGGCAAUGUGGCCGUCUGCUCUCCGGGGGCGACUCCUGCUCCCCUCACUGCUCCCAGCUCACCCAGUGCUCCCAGUGCAUCGCCAGGCCUCAGUGUGGCUGGUGCGCUACCCGUGGGGGCAAUGGAGCGGGCCGGUGCCUGCAGGGAGGGCUGAACGGUGGGAGCGAGUCUGUGUGCUCGCAGCGCAACAGCAGCUGGUCCUUCCUUCACUGCCCAGCGGAGGACGAGUGUGCCAACGGACACCACCGCUGCAACGUCACCCAGGACUGCCACGACCUGCCCGACGGCUACCACUGCAGCUGCAGGCAGGGCUACAUGCUGAGCAGCGUGUCUGGACAGUGUGAGCCGGUGUGUUCACAGGGCUGUGUGAACGGCACCUGCGUCUCCCCGGGAGUGUGCCACUGUCAUUUUGGCUUCGUCGGGGAGAACUGCUCGUCCCAGUGCCGCUGUAACAAACACAGCAACUGUAAGAGUGUCACACAGUUGGACACCUGCCUGGAGUGUCAUAACCACACCAAGGGGCAGCACUGUGAGAAGUGUAAGCCGCUGUACGUGGGCUCAGCUGUGGGCGGGGGGCAGUGUCGGCCCUGCAGGGAGUUCUGUAAGGGGAACAGCGCUAUAUGCCUGUCCAGAGAUGAGCACCGGCUGGCAUUGCAGCACCCCAAAGACUACCCGCUAGACCCCGAUGGUAUUGUGCAGUGGUUGACGGAGGGUCCCUCUGAGGACAAUGCUGUGUGUGUGAGCUGUCAGAACAACAGCGUUGGAGACAAGUGUGAGAGCUGUCUGAGUGGCUACUUCCUCCUGCAUGGCAAGUGUGAGAAGUGUCAAUGUAAUGGCCAUGCGGACACAUGUAGCGAGCAUGAUGGGACUGGCUGUCCCUGUCAGAACAACACAGAGACGUCGUCAUGUCUGAACAAUUCGCAAAACGACCGCAAGGAGUGUUACAGACAACAGUGUGCCAAGUGCAAAGACUCGUUCAACGGUAAUCCGAUCAAUGGGCGCCAGUGCUACCGGCAGUUCAACGUGGACAAUGAGUGCUGCUUCGACCCCACGUCCCAAGUCAACUGCUUCCACGAGCCAAACAUCAGGAAUCUGCCGCUGGGCCGCACGGUCUUCUUCGCUGCGCAGCCCAAGUUCACCAACGUGGACAUCCGCGUCACCAUCGACGUCACCUUCGGCGAGGUGGAAGUGUACGUGUCCAACUCCCACGACACUUUCAUUGUGGAGGUGAACCGGCAGACGGGCGUGCACACGGUCAAGAUCGCCAACAACGCCACGGUGGCGUCUGUCGGCCGCGGGGACAGGGAGGUGCCCCUGGCCCUGUCGCCGCUGAAGAUGAGUGCCAAUGUCUCGGCGCUGCUGGGCCUGCCCGGCAAAGCCACGGGCGGAGAGCGGGAGGUGCGGGAGGAGCGCGCCCACGGCCUCAUCACCUACAUCACCGUGUGGAAACCCGAGACGGUGCUGAUCGUUCGCGGCGUCCGCGACCGCGUCGUCAUCACUUUCCCGCAUGAAGUGCACUCACUGAAGUCCAGCCGCUUCUACAUAGCCCUGCGGGGCGUGGGCACCGACGCCCACGGCGGCGAGUCGCAGGGCCUGCUCUUCCUGCGUCAGGACCAGGCGCACAUCGACCUCUUCGUCUUCUUCUCCGUCUUCUUCUCCUGCUUCUUCCUCUUCCUGUCCGUGUGCGUGCUGCUCUGGAAGGUCAAGCAGUUCCUGGACUUCCGCCGGGAGCAGCGCCGCCACAUCCAGGAAAUGACCAAGAUGGCGUCACGCCCGUUCGCCAAGCUCACGGUCUACCUGGAACCCGAGGAGACGCAGCUGGUGUACCUGCCGUCGGCGGGCGGGGGAGGGGCCGUCUCCCUGCCCCAUGUUCGGACAGGCAAACUGGGCGGCGUGAUGGUUGGCCAGAGGGGGCGCCCUGGCGCCCUCUCCUACAAGCACGACCCCAGCACAGGCCCCGCCCCACCACACCCACAGCACCACCUGGCCCUGGGUGGAGGAAAUGCCGGGCAGCACCUCCCUCUGCACUACCUGAACGCCCAUCACUACACAGCCACGUCCGCUCCCAACCCUCCACCCCAACACCACCACCACCACCACCACCACCACCCGGCCUCCCACGGCAGCCACCAGCACUUCUGCCGCUCCGACCCCUUCCUGUCCCAGCUCCUGGGCUUCUCCUACUCGUCCUUCAAGGUGGGGCCCAUCACCCUGGAGCCCACGGACGACGGCAUGGCGGGCGUGGCCACCGUCCUCAUCCAGCUGCCCGGGGGCAUCCUGGCACCCAACCGUGCCUGCCUGGGCUCCGCCCUCGUCACCCUGCGCCAGAACCUGCAGGAGUACUGCGGGCACGGAGGGGCGGGCACGCACCCCGGCGCCGUGGGCGGGCGAAAGGGGAUCCUGGGUCACCAGCACCUCACCACCAUGGCCAUGUGAGGACCACACGGGGCUGCAGAGCACAGCGGGAUGCGGAAGGACGGACGCACGCACGCACGGGUGGUGCAAGAAGAUGGCGGAGAGGAUAUGAUAAUGCCGUAACUCUUAUCUUCAUGUUCAGUGAGAGGAGAACAAAAGACCAAUGAGUGUGUGGGGAAGAGAGGAGGUUGGGGGAGGGGAGGAAAGUGUGUGUGUGUGUGUGUGUGUGUGUGUGUGUGUGUGUGUGUGUGUGUGUAUGAUUCAUAAGGGAUGUAUUUAUUGUAGCGGUGGACCACAUACGGAACGUGGAUGUGAUUACACUUGUACAUACAUUGUGUUGUUAAGUGUCUUUUAUUUCCUUAUUUAUCAUUGUUCAUGAAAAGCUUAAUGUGACCACAGUGGCAUCACUAACCCAGAGCUCUACACCGCUACCUGCCGCUGUCUCCCCUAUACACUACUGACAUCGUGAAGGAGAAGGGCCCUCCGUCUGACCCAGAGGGACACGUUGGCUCACCCUCUGUGGAAUAUUACCCAGUGACACUGGCAGCUCUGUUCCAGAACCAAAACGUGCUUUAGAACUUCGAAUGACAAUCUGAACUGCCAUUCACAAGAAGGCGUUGCAACACAUUCAGCUGAAUGUGAAAAACUCCACCGUUUGCUACGAGGGGCAAAAGUGUCUGAGUUAUUUGGAAUAUGUCCAUAAAUUGGUAUUCUAUUAUAACAGUAAUGGAGAGUGCUUCUCACAGAAACCCAGCGUUGAAGCAGUAGGUCUGUUGAAAGGAGAGGCCCGCUGGUAUUUUUAUACGUAUUUAUCCUGGCAGUGCGUGUUGGAGCUCACGCACAGCUCCGUGGUGGCCUAAUACACGCCCAGGUUUUUUUCUCUUGUCAACUGUGGUAUUUUUUCCUACAUGAGAAAUUUUUUUUUUCCAAUGGAGUUGAUGUUGCAUUUUAUGCUUUGAAUACUAAAGAAGUGCUUGACACAAUUAUGUAUUUUUGGUUAAAGUACAUUCCCCAUCAUUAUAAGUUACAGUGAACAUACAAUGUAAGCUUGUGUCGAGGUUGUUUGUGUGUUGCACUUGGAUGUUUUAGCUUACAGAACCUGAGAAGUCAUUUUUCCUAACAGUUCAAUGAUUGGGUAAGACAGUAAGGGUUUCUGAGCAGUACUGAAAAUUAAAACCAAACAAAAAAAACCGCACAACUGUAUUGUAAUGAUUGGAAUCCACAAGAACAAUGAAAUGAAAAUUGUAAAGUAGAAAGACAGUAUAUUCACUAAAUAAGGAAAUCAAACUCAAAAAGAUUGUGAAAAGCCUUUAUCAGUAUUUUCUGUCAGGAUUUUCUUUUAGAUGGAGAUUGCGUUACAUUUUUAAGCAGCCCGGCUUUAAAUGUCAGGGGUCUUAUCUUUAUGUGGUUAUUUUGAAUUAUGAGUUUGGAAUGGAAAUGCCUCUACUUGGCUUUAAAAUCACCAUGGAGUUAAGGCCAAAAAUCUCUUGGCCUUUGAAUCCCUUCAAAGCUACUGGUAAAAAUGGCCCAGGACCCUGGAACUGGAGGAGCCUGCUCUGUUGAGUGACUUUUUUGGACAGACUUAUUUUCUGGGAACUACCGCUUUGAAACAGAAAUUGUGAAGAACGUGCUAAAAGACCAACAUGUACUCUUCUGUUACAUGGUUCAUGCUCAUGCCUUCUCUGUGUAUAUGUCCCUAUUAAACGUCAACUACUAGUGGCUAUUAAUCUUGUUAUAUCA